AUGACUGAUAUUCACUUCAAGCUCAACACCGGAGCCAAAAUCCCAGCAUUGGGACUCGGAACAUGGCAAAGCCCCGAGGGACAAGUGCGUGCGGCUGUAGCACAUGCAAUCAAAGUCGGGUAUCGACACAUUGACUGCGCGUAUGUGUAUGGAAAUGAGAAUGAGGUUGGCGAAGGCAUCAAGGAAGGUCUUGCAGCGGCCGGAAUCUCUCGAGCAGAUCUUUUCAUCACCACAAAACUCUGGUGCACAUAUCACACACGAGCGGAACAGAACCUGGAUAUGAGCUUGAAAUCGUUGGGACUGGACUAUGUGGACCUCUAUCUGAUGCACUGGCCUGUUGCGAUGAAUCCUAACGGGAACCAUGAAAAAUUCCCCAAAUUACCCGACGGCAGCAGAGAUCUCGUCCGAGACAGAUCCCAUGUAGACACGUACAAAGACAUGGAGAAGUUGGUCAAAACCGGCAAAGUCAAGGCGAUCGGAGUGUCGAAUUACUCCAAGAAAUUCCUCGAAGAGCUUCUUCCCAAGGUCGACACCGUCCCAGCCGUCAACCAGAUCGAAAACCAUCCAUUAUUACCUCAACAAGAUGUCGUUGAUUUCUGCAAGGAAAAGGGUACACUCGUCACUGCAUACAGCCCGCUGGGCAGCACCGGUAGCCCAUUGUUCCAGGAUCCUCAUGUUAUCAAACUGGCGGAACAAAAGGGAGUCAACCCGGGUACUAUUCUCCUCAGCUACCCCAUUGCACGAGGUGUGGUGGUCAUCCCCAAGUCUGUGACACCGUCGCGGAUCGAGGACAACAAGAAGAUCGUGGCUCUGUCUGAGGAUGACUUGGCGUCGUUGGCUGAAAUCUCCAAGGAUGGAGUGACUCGCUACAUCUACCCUGAAUUCGGUGUCGACUUUGGUUUCCCUGACAAGUCAUGA